AUGGGCUUCUACCUUCCCGGAAUCGCCCCUACCGAGUACUCCGAGGGUGACCAGAUCGCGGUGGAUGUGAACAAGAUCACAUCGAUCCAUACGCAGCUGCCCUUCAAGUACUACUCUCUGCCCUUCUGCCAACCAGCCCACGUCGAAGACUCGCGCGAAUCGUUGGGCGAGAUCCUCUUGGGCGACAUCAUCGAGAAUUCGCUCUACAAGAUUUCGGCCAAGAUCAAUCAGACGUGCCAGGUGGUCUGCAAGCGCCAGUACAAGGCGGACGAGGUUGCCCAGUUCGCGGAGAAGAUUCGUCAGGAGUACCGAGUGCACUGGCUCUUAGAUGCUCUUCCAUCUGCUGAGAGGCACCUCAUGCUGGAUGGCUCCCACAUUUAUGAGGAUGGUUUCCCUCUCGGGCGCAUGGUCCGCUCGGAGGCUGGAAACAAGGCGUCGCCCAUCAAGCCAGCCCUGAACAAUCACAUCGCUAUUACCAUUCUCUACCACGAGGAGCCCACCACCGCCGAACCUGCCACCAAGGACGGCACCACCCGGCCUGCGCUUGGUAUCCGCGUCGUGGGCUUCGAGGUCAAGGCUUACAGCGUGAACCACGCCACCGACUACCCCGAGGGGGGCCACCCCAACACAUGCGAGCAUUUUUCGUCCACGCCUAUCCAGGUGCUUGAGGAAGGCAAGGAGGUCACCAUCGUUUUCACCUACUCGGCCACCUGGGUGAGGAGCGACAUCAAGUGGGCUUCGCGUUGGGAUUCCUACUUCAUGAUGACCGAUGAUCAAGUGCACUGGUUCUCCAUUCUCAACUCUUCUCUGGUCGUCCUCUUCCUCACCGGUAUUGUGGCGAUGAUUCUGCUGCGCGUGCUGAGGGCUGAUCUGCGCCGCUACAAUGCCCAACGCGAUGACGAGAACAACGACGUGCUCGAGGAGACUGGCUGGAAGCUGGUUCACGCCGACGUCUUCCGCGCUCCCGCUUGGCCUAUGCUCCUGGCUGCUUCCGUGGGCUCUGGCGUGCAGACGCUGGCCAUGACCGUCAUCACCAUGGGCUUUGCUAUGUUGGGGUUCCUCUCUCCGGCCAACCGCGGCAGUUUGAUGACCGCCAUGGUGGUGCUGCUUGUCGUCAUGGGAGUGCUCAACGGCUACUUCUCGUCCCGCACCUACAAGAUGUUCAAGGGCGUGCACUGGAAGCGCUGCACGCUGCUGUCGAUGUUCCUGUAUCCCGGUAUGGCGUUUGGCAUCUUCUUGGUCAUCAACUUCCUCAUUUCGGGCCAGCACUCUUCUGGUGCCAUGCCGUUCCUGACCCUGCUGGAGCUGAUCACGUUGUGGUUCGGCGUUUCGCUGCCCCUCACCUUCGCCGGCGCAUACUUUGGCAACAAGGGAGAGGUCGUGCCCGAGCCGUCCAACAUCCGCAUCAACCUCAUUCCCCGUCAGAUCCCUGACCAGCUCUGGUCGUCCAUCUGGUUGCACCAGUUCUACUACCUGUUCGGGUUCCUCUUCCUGGUGUUCGUCAUCUUGGCCAUCACCUGCGCAGAGAUCACCAUUGUGAUGUGUUACUUCCAGCUGUGCAGCGAGGACUACCACUGGUGGUGGCGAGCGUUCCUCACGCCGGCGACAUCGGCCCUCUACCUGUUCUUCUUCUCGGUGUUCUACUUCAUGCCCAAGCUCCAGAUCACCAAGUUCGUCUCCAUCUGCCUUUACACCGGCUACACGCUGAUCAUCACGCUCGAGUUCUUCACGCUCACUGGAGUGGUGGGCUUCUUCUCGUGCUACUGGUUCGUCUACACCAUCUACGGCUCCAUCAAGGUCGAGUAG